AUGGGACUCCUGGACUCGGAGCCGGGCAGUGUCCUGAACGUGGUGUCCACGGCUCUCAAUGACACCGUGGAGUUCUACCGCUGGACCUGGUCCAUCGCAGAUAAACGUGUGGAAAAUUGGCCUCUGAUGCAAUCUCCAUGGCCUACAAUAAGCAUAAGUACUCUUUAUCUCCUGUUUGUGUGGCUGGGUCCAAAAUGGAUGAAGGACCGAGAACCCUUUCAGAUGCGCUUUGUGCUCAUUUUCUAUAAUUUUGGGAUGGUUUUGCUUAACCUUUUUAUCUUCAGAGAGUUAUUCAUGGGAUCAUAUAAUGCAGGAUAUAGCUAUAUUUGCCAGAGUGUGGAUUAUUCUAAUAAUGUUAAUGAAGUCAGGAUAGCUGCUGCUCUGUGGUGGUACUUUGUAUCUAAAGGAGUUGAGUAUUUGGACACAGUGUUUUUUAUCCUAAGAAAGAAGAACAACCAAGUUUCUUUCCUUCAUGUAUAUCAUCACUGUACAAUGUUUACAUUGUGGUGGAUUGGUAUUAAGUGGGUUGCAGGGGGACAAGCAUUUUUUGGAGCCCAGUUGAAUUCCUUUAUCCACGUGAUUAUGUACUCAUACUAUGGGUUAACUGCAUUUGGCCCAUGGAUCCAAAAGUAUCUCUGGUGGAAACGAUACCUAACCAUGUUGCAGCUGGUUCAGUUUCAUGUGACCAUUGGGCACACAGCACUGUCUCUUUACACUGACUGCCCCUUCCCCAAAUGGAUGCACUGGGCUCUCAUUGUCUACGCCAUCAGCUUCAUAUGUCUCUUUCUUAACUUCUAUGUUCGGACAUACAACCAACCUAAGAAACAAAAAACUGGAAAAACAGCCAUGAAUGGUAUUUCAGCAAAUGGUGUGAACAAAUCAGAAAAGCAGCUAGUGAUAGAAAAUGGAAAAAAGCAGAAAAACGGAAAAGCAAAAGGAGAAUAA